AUGAUACAGCUGCGUGUCCUGCUUGCAUUCGUCGCUGGCUUCCUGACCGGCAAGAUCACGAUGGGUAACAAGUGCUCGAACAGCGCCGUCUCGACGAUGGGCACCGAUGAGCUGAAGAAGAAGGAAGCCGAGGUUCUCGCGCUGCUCGAGAAGGCCAAGACCGAGCACCCGGAGAACCGCGCCGCGAAGUUCUUCGACAAGGCGUACUAUGACUCCCUGAGCGACGCGGACAAGGAGGGCCUUCUGCGCUGUGCGGCCUCUGGCGCCUUCAACCCCGACUCCUCCCUGGGGUGCUACGCCAUGGCGCCCGGCGACUACGACAAGUACAAGCCGUUCUUCGACAAGGUCAUCCGCGACUACCACAAGAUCCCCGGGGAGGUCAACCACAUCACGGACUGGUCGCUGGAGGGCGUGGAGGGCCUGCCCGAGGACGGCAAGCUCGACCUCGCCGCGCUGGGCCUCGACGAGGUGUCGAUGCGGGUGCGUGUGGGGCGCAACCUGGCCGAGUUCCCGCUGCCGGGCGCGAUGACGCAGGAGGACCGCGUGAACCUGGAGAACAAGAUGGUGGGCGCGUUCGAGGCGCUGAUGGCGGACCCGGCGUACGGCGGGACGUACCACUCGCUGACGCCGGGCAACAAGUACCACAUCGACGACGCCAAGUACAACGAGCUGGUCGCGGCGCACAUCAUGUUCAAGAACAUGGCCGCGGACUCGUACCUCCUCACCGCGGGCAUCGCGGAGCACUGGCCGCACGGGCGCGGGUGCUACGUCUCGGAGGACAAGGGCUUCAUCGUGUGGGUCGGCGAGGAGGACCACCUGCGCAUCAUGUGCAUGAAGAAGGGGUCCGUGCUGAACGACGUGUUCGACCGCCUCAAGGGCGCCGCCGACCAGGUCGAGAAGAUCUCGGGCAAGUUCGCGCACUCGCCCUCGUACGGCUACGUGACGUCCUGCCCGUCCAACCUCGGGACCGGCAUGCGCGCGUCCGUGCACAUCAAGAUCCCGAAGCUCACCGCGGACGGCACCGACACCAAGGCCAAGGCCGUCGCCAAGCCCCUCGGGCUCUCGGUGCGCGGCAUGGGCGGCGAGCACACCCCCAUUGGCAAGGACGGCACCGUCGACAUCUCGCCGUCGGCGCGCCUCCAGAUCAAGGAGGCCGAGAUCAUCGUCGCGCUGUACAAGGGCAUCAAGCUGCUCCUCGAGGAGGAGGCCAAGGCCUAG